AAAGAUAAACUUGCAGAUAAAUCUAUGUUAAGAGGUGUUUUAUAUAUCUGAGAUAUGGAAGGUCCGGGUAUGAGUUUGUUUCAAGGCGCGGCAAGUAUACACAUAAACAACAGUGCUCAAGAUAGAUUGGAAGAGCAAGAGGAACUGGAAGACCAGAAACGUCGUAACGAGGAGUUAAAACACAAACUGGCCAAUGCUUUUGAUGAUUUAUAUGAUGAUGAUGAAGCAAGUUCAGUUAACAGCAGUGGUAAUUUCACAUUAGAUGCUACACAUACUAAUGGAGCUCAAGGUCAACCGAGGACAGGAUUGCCUCCCACAUAUAUUGAGUCUCUCAAUCAUCUCAAAGAAGCCACAAAUGACUCUCCGAAGGCUUACUGUGACACACCAAAGAGUCAUAUAACUCAUGCACACCAUGAGGAGGGAAUAAAAUCACCUUAUAGUCCUUAUGGUGGAGGAGAUGGACAAAAUCAUUUUUUUCAUCAAGAUUAUAGAGGUCACCACAACGGGAUAAAUAACUUUGAUGCUAGACAAGAGUACAUGAAUAAUGAACAACUUAAGGUUAUGUAUGAGAUGAGGCUGAAAGAAUGUCAACAGUUGGCGUCACAGAUAGAAAAGUCGGACACAGAGAUUGAGAGCCUGCGGGCUCGUCUGGCCGCAGCUGUCAAUGAUAAGGAUAAAGCAGAACUGUCUCUUCAAGAAGCUCAUCAUUUGCUUGCAUCAAGUAAGCACAAGUCAAUAGAACUAGAACAACAGAUGACAACACUCACACAGAAGUUAGUAGAAAAUGAACAAGAGAAGGAACAACUUAGAUUAGAGCUCAGGUCCGCUAAUAUCAGCUUACAAGAUGUCCAACAAAGACUACAUACUCUACAGGUAGCCCACACACAUGACACAGAUGCUUUAUUUAGGGAACAACAAGAUAGACAUCGAGAAGAAAUGGACAGACUGCAAAAUGAUUUGAUGAAAGCUAAAUCAAGACUUGAUGAAAAAGAAAAUGAAAUAAAAAUUCUCGAGAAACGUUGUAUGGAGAAAGACAGAGAGAAAGAAGAGAUAUUGAUAGAGAAGGGAGGGACAAUAAACAGAUUGGCCAGUGAAUUAGAAGCAGCACAGAGUAGACUGGUGAGUGGAGAAAGUGCGAGACUGAAGGAGAAAGUGCUUCAGCUAACAACAGAGAGGAAUACAGCAAGAGAACAAGUUAAGGAACUCGGUUCAAAAUUAGAGCUAACAGCGCACGAACUUGUACUUUGUCGUAACAAAUUAUCAAACAGUCAGAAGGAAUAUGAAAACUGGCGAACUACUCUUAACCAGAUUCUAAUGGAGUCUGUUCCUGAUAAUUCCUUGAAAAUAGGAGAACCACCAUCGCCGGGUAAACUGGCAACACUAAAAGAAAUUCUCAAUCGAUACAAGUUGCAAGUACAAAAGUUAUCAACAUUGCAAGAAGAAGUUGUUAAACGAGAUAAAAAACUCGAACAACAUCGUAAACAAGAAUCUGAGUUACGAUCAAAGAUAGAAGAACACAAAGGUAUAGAGAUGCAGCUUAACUCCAAGCUGGCCGUGCUACAGAACAAGCUGGAACUACUCGGCAACAGCUGUAACGAUGAGCUAUUGGACAACUACAAGCAGCACAAUGAACAGCUUAAAAAUGAACUGGAUGAAGUUAGAGCUGAACUUAAAUCUUUGGAUUUGAAAUAUACAGAACUAGAAAUGGAUUAUGAGAAAUUAAAAACUGAGAAAGGAAGUCGCGCCUCCAUCGUGCAAGAGGCGAAUGCGGAUCUGCUGCGAGAGUUGGAGAGAUGCAGCGGACAACUCAAAGAUACGCUAAAGGAAAAUGGAGAACUAAAGAAUCUAUAUUUACAGGUGUGUAGCGCACGAGAUGCUGUUUCUAGAGAAUUGAAGGACAAUCAAAUGAAAAUCCAAAAAGAGAGGGAGAUGUACAAAACGCAAGAGAGGGAGUACAUCGAGAGAAUAGAGAGACAGAAGCAGGAGUUGGUGAAGGCGGCAAAUGAUCUGACGAACGCUAGAGAAGAAUUAGACAGAGCUAAUAAAAGAAUAUCCGAAUUACAAAAAGAAUUUACUGAUAAACAAAAAGAAUUCACUGAAAAAUUAAAUAAAUAUUUAGAAGAUGAAAAGAGCGCAAUGCGAAAAGAAAUCCCUUGUCUUCAGUGUGAGAAACUUCUGAAGCAAAUCAAAUAUUUGGAGGAACAACUCAACAAAUGCACACUCAAAUUAUCAACACAAGAAAGCAGCGAGACACUAAUGAAGGAGCUGAAAGGCAAAGCGGAGUUCUUCCAGCAGUACAUUGUGGAGCGCUACAAGAGGCUGGUGGACCAGCGCUGUGUCGCCACCAACACUGACAACACCAUGACACCAGCCUCACCUGGAACACUGCAGCAGAAGCAAGACAGUGAUGAUGAUAUGGCGGCCAAGACAUCAGUUAUGAUGCGAGAAAAAGCCAUAAGGGAACAAUUAGCGGAAAAAUUUACAUUAGAAAUGAAAACAAUGGAAAUGAACUGCACGAGACGUAUUCAAGAGUUAGAAGCAGAACAAACAACAACUAUAAAUAAAUUAAAAGAAAUGUUAGAAAGGAAAGCGCAUGAAGUUGAAACAUUAAAAGAAUUCAUUUUAUCAGAACGUGCAAAAGUAACAGAGAUAUUAGAAGCGAAGGAGAAAGAGAUAUCAGUGUUGAUAAAAGAACAUAAUGAAUUAAUUAAUGAAUGUCAGAAAGCAAAAGAUAGUAGUAUCGAGUGGAGAUUGAAAGCGGAAAGAUAUAAAGAUAGAUUAACGAAAUUUGGUUCAUUAGAAGAUAUGUUAAAGAAGGAGAGAGAAGAUUGGAAGAAGAAGACUAACGUAUGUGCGUCAGAAUGGCAAGCGCUUAAAGUGAAAGUGACAGAAUUGCAGGAACAAUUAGCACAACAAGAACAAUCAUAUACCAAAUUACAAACUGAAUAUCAAAAUAUGCAGGACAAGUAUAAGAAUGCAAAGAAAACUGUUUACACUUAUAAGGAAUAUAUGGCAAAGAAAGACACCCACAUCAACAGUGAGAUAAACAGAAUACAAGAUGAAUACAGAAAGAUAUUUGUGAAGCUGCAGAACCAAAUAAACUAUCAGAUUAACUGCAGAGUACAAGAAGAUAGAAAUAGAGGGAAACGGACACCCGCAAAUCAAUAUCCCGAAUAUGACUGUACAGAAAUGAUAAAUAAAUUGAAUGAAGAUUUUUCUCGACUUGCUCAAGACAACUUCAAGGAUGGUCAAAGUAAGUGAAACAAACAGAU